AUGCGUUCCUCCAUCCUCCUCGUUGCUUUCUCGGCCCUCGCCGCUGCUCAGUCCUCCGUUGCGGUGCCCCAGGGCCAGCCCUCCGCUGCUGUCACCUCCUCUCCCGUCAUCCCCACCCAGGGAUCCCUGCCUGCGGGAGCCUCCAGCAUCCUGGUUGGAUCCAGCGGGGUUCCUUCUUCCCUCGUGAAGUCGAAGAGCGCCUCUGCCACCGUUUCCACCAAGUCCUCCACCAAGACUUCUAGCUCCGACUCUUCCACCUCAACCAGCGACUCCUCGAGCAGAAGCUCCUCCAGCACUAGCACUUCCUCUGGUGCUGGUGUCCCUCUCGCCACCGCCGGCCCCGUCGGUCUGUCCGUCGUGGCUGGUGCUGCUCUCGCCGCUUUCCUGUAA